AUGGACGAUGGCGAGGGAUGGACCGUCUUCCAAAGAAGAGCUGAUAUUUCACCAAGACAGGAUUUCUACAAGGACUGGGGCGCCUACAAGUGGGGCCUGGGAAGUUUCGAUGGAGAAUUCUGGUGGGGACUUCACCACCUCUGGCAGCUGACCUCCCACCUGGACCGCGUUUACGAGUUACGGGUCGACCUCUGGGAUUGGGACGAACAGACGAGGUACGCCACCUACCAGAAGUUCACCAUCGAGUCUGAGGAUGAGGGAUACAGAAUUGACUUUGGCGACUACUUCGGGAACGCCGAAGACAGUCUUACCUAUCACAAGGGGAUGAAGUUCUCCACAUUUGACAGAGACAAUGAUCUUUGGUCGGGUAACUGUUCAUCUAACUACCAUGGGGCCUGGUGGUAUAACAGCUGCUGCGACUCCAACCUCAACGGACUGUACGACCCUGGGUCAACAACCCAUGAUACCGUCACGUGGAGAGACUGGAAGGGAUGGUACAGUCUGAACGCCACCACCAUGAGAAUUAGACCCACAAAUACACUCUAA